UAUCUUGUGAACAUAGAGAGGAUGAACUUCUGCCUUCACAUCUCCAGGAAGGUGAUGGAAACAUGGCAAUGAGCAAUGCUUUUGAAGACCCUCAAGUAAGACACACCCAAUCUGACAAGAGGAGAGUGAAAUGGAAUAAUGAAGACUGUAUCCAUGUUACUGUAUGGAGAGAUACAAAACCUCCAGAGAGAGAAAUGAGAGAGAACACACAAGAUGGAACCAUGAAGAGUUGGUUCAGGGUCACAAUUCCACAUGGGAGAAAGUAUGACAAGACAUGGCUCAUGAGUUCAAUCCAGAGCUAUUGCAGUGUCCCUUUCAUCCCAGUUGAUUUCCACUACAUCAGAAAUCAGGCCCGAUUCUUUGUCCAGAAUGCUAGUACUUCCACUGCAUUAAAAGAAAUCAACUACAGGAUUUGCGAUGAAGAGAGCCGAAAGAUAUUUAUCUUCGUCAGUCCUUCUGAUGCACCUUACUCUGUGCAGAAUAAGUUGAAGCCAGAACAAAUGGAGCAGCUAAAACUGACUAUGGAUAAAAGAUAUGAUGUCUUCCACCAAGCUCUUAACCUCAAAAGGCUCCGAUUUGACCCAGACUUGAUGGGACAUGAUAUUGACAUAAUCCUGAAUCGGAGAAACUGCAUGGCUGCCACCCUGAAAAUCAUUGAAAGGAAUUUCCCUGAGCUGUUGUCCUUAAACUUGCAAGAUAACAAACUGUACCAGCUGGAUGGCUUGUCCGACAUUACAGAGAAGGCCCCCAGGGUCAAGAUCCUGAACCUUUCAAAAAAUGAGCUGAAGUCAGUGCGGGAGCUGGACAAGGUGAAAGGGCUGAAGCUCCAAGAGCUAUGGCUGGAAGGGAACCCCUUGUGCCGCACCUUCCCAGACCGAUCUGCCUAUGUAAGUGCCAUCCGAGAUUGUUUCCCCAAGCUGUUAUGCCUGGAUGGACAAGAGUUACUUAUACCAGUUAUCACAGACAUGGAAACCACUGAGUUAUUUAAACCCUGCAUGGAAAGUUAUAAAGGAUCUGAGAUGCUGAAGAAUCUUGUCCUGCAAUUCCUGCAGCAGUAUUUCUUGAUCUAUGACUCUGGAGACCGACAGGGUCUCCUUGAUGCUUACCAUGAUGAGGCCUGCUUCUCCCUGACCAUUCCCUUCAACCCUGAGAACCCAGGCCCCAGUUUGUGUGAGUACUUCAAUGGAAGCAGGAAGCACAAGAAUCCCUACCUGCAGAGGCAGUUGCUGAAGCACACAAAAUGUGACAUUGUGAACACCCUCAACAUGCUGCCCAAAACUCAGCAUGAUCUCAGCUCCUUCCUGGUGGAUAUGUGGUUCCACACGGAAAUGAUGGUUUGCUUUUCUGUCAAUGGAGUAUUCAAGGAAGUGGAAGGAAAUUAUCAAGGAUGCAUCCAUGCCUUCACCCGGACAUUCACCUCUACCCUGGCCAGCAAUUCCAGGUUGUACAUCAUGAACGAUGAGCUGAUUGUGAGAAAUGCCAGCUCCAAGGAGACCCAGAGUGCCUACUCCAUCCCAGUGCCUACACCCUGCUCUAGCUAUGUCCCUGCCCUCUCCCAAGAGCAGCAGGAAAUGGUGCAGACUUUCUCCACCCAGUCUGGAAUGAACCUCGAGUGGUCUCAGAAGUGCCUUCAGGAUAAUGAGUGGGAUUACACCAGAGCUGGUCAGGUCUUCACUAUGUUCCAGACUGAGAGCAAGAUCCCAGAGGAGGCCUUCAAGCAAAUUCCUUAAAAGGAGCCCUUGGAUAUCAUCAUCAUCUUCAUUUUCACCCACAUCAUCUUUGUUUCUCUUUUCA